GGUUCUAGGAGGGAGGCCGAGCCCAGCCGGGACCCCGACGGUGGGUGCCGCCUCCUGAGCUCCGCGGCCGGCGACGCUAGGAGCCAGGUGAAAAUGAGUUCUUCAGGAAGAAGAAAAGGCAAGCCCGGCAAAGGGGACGGAAAGGGAUCUUCUAGAGGAGGAAGAGGAGGCAGGGGUCACGCAAAUAAAUCUCACGGGGGCGGAGGAGGUGGUGGUGGCGGCGGCGGCGGCGGCGGUGGCGGCAGUAGAAAGGCCUCAAGUAGAAUUUGGGAUGAUGGAGAUGACUUUUGUGUCUUCACUGAAUCAAAGCACACAUCCAGGCCCAGCGACAAUAACAAAAGCACAGGAGAGACGCGGCCAAAGUGGAAGCCCAAAGCCAAAGUGACGCUGCACAUGACGUCAGAGAACCAGGAGAAAGUGAAAGCCCUUCUGAGAGACCUGCAGGAACAGGGUGCGGACGCGGGAUCCGAAAGAGACAUCUCUGAGGAGGAGGAGGAAGAUGACGAGCCUGAGUGUGCUGAUGGGCAGUGCUGGCCGGCUGGACAAGGGCCUGCCUUUCUCUAUGACUGCAGCCCUUGGGACUAUAUUGGCCCAGAAGAAGUAGAGUCUCCUACUCCAGAACCUCCAGUCUCACCAGUGGCACUGCAAAAACUUUCCAGGUAUGGUUUCCACACUGAACACUGUCAGCUAGCCCUGAGGAUUUGUGAUGGAGAUGUGGGGGCAGCGCUAGAGCACCUUCUCCAGCAGUGGUUUUCGGAGACCUUUGGAGAGAGGAUGAACCUCUCCGAGGCAGCUGUUGAAAUAAGCUUGAAUGAGUGUGUGGAGCAGAGACAGGAGGAGGCGCUUGCUCUCAAGUCCAUCUGUGGAGAAAAAUUUAUAGAAAGAGUUCAGAACAGAGUCUGGACCAUUGGACUGGAGCUGGAAUAUCUGACAAAUAAAUUCUGCAAGUCUAAGCAAAAGGAAGGUUCCAAAAAUGUACGGGACGCUUCACCUGAAACCUGUAGAUUUUACCUCAAAGGAAAUUGUAAAUUUGGAUCAAAAUGCAAAUUCAAACAUGAAGUGCCCCCAAAUCAAAUCAUUGGAAGAACAGAAAGAAACGUAGAUGAUUCUCAUCUUAAUACUGAGGACGAUACAGCUUUUCUUUACGAGCUUGAGAUCCGCUUUUCUAAAGACCACAAAUACCCCUACCAAGCUCCCCUUGUGGCAUUUUGCUCCACCAAUGAGAACCUACCUCUGGUUUGCCGUUUACAUAUUUCUGAGUUCCUUUAUGGCAAGGCCUUGGAAUUCGCGGAAACUUCAGAACCUGUUGUAUAUUCUUUGAUAACCCUCUUAGAGGAAGAGUCUGAGAUUGUCAAGUUACUAACGCACACUCAGCACAAGUAUAGUGCUCCUCCUGUGAACGUCCCUCCGGUACCUUCCGGGACCAGGAUAAGUAAACCUGCCUACUGCAAACCAGGGGUCCCAAGUAAUUCUUUCCUUUCAAACCAAAUUCCAGAAGGAGAGAUAUUAUCAGACCUGGAGGACGAUGCAGAUGAGUAUGAAGGUCCUAUAUCAGUAAUAGUGGAGAAUGAAAGCUAUGUGAACUUUAAGAAAAAGAAUUACAAAAGAUAUGACUGGCCGGAAAAGUCCAUAUAUGCUGAGAACGCCAAGAUCUGCAGGCAGUUCCAGAUGAAACAGGCUUCCAGACAGUUCCACUCAAUUCUGCAAGAAAGACAAUUACUACCUGCUUGGGAAGAAAGAGACACCAUCCUUAAAUUGUUGAGCAAGCACCAAGUGGUUGUCAUAAGUGGUAUGACCGGAUGUGGAAAAACCACACAGAUUCCACAGUUUAUUCUGGAUAAUUCUCUGAAUGGGCCGCCUGAGAGGGUGGCGAACAUCAUCUGUACCCAACCCCGACGAAUCUCUGCAGUCUCUGUUGCUGAACGUGUUGCCAAAGAAAGAGCAGAAAGGGUGGGUCUGAGCGUGGGGUACCAGAUCCGGUUGGAAAGUGUCAAGUCCUCAGCCACCAGACUGUUGUACUGCACCACAGGCGUGCUGCUGAGGAGGCUGGAAGGAGAUGCAACUCUGCAGGGAGUCUCCCACAUCAUUGUGGAUGAAGUUCAUGAGAGGACAGAAGAAAGUGACUUCUUACUGCUGGUUUUGAAAGACAUCGUGACGCAGAGACCAACCCUCCAGGUCAUUCUCAUGAGUGCAACCCUGGAUGCCGGGCUCUUCUCAAAGUAUUUCAGCUACUGCCCAGUUAUCACUAUACCAGGUCGUGCGUUUCCUGUUGAUCAAUUUUUUCUGGAGGAUGCAAUUGCUGUGACAAGGUAUGUGUUACAGGAUGGGAGCCCCUAUAUGCGUUCCAUGAAAAAGAUGGCAAGGGAAAAGCUUAAAGCCAGACACAACAGAACUGCAUUCGAAGAAGUGGAGGAAGACCUGAGACUUUCCCUUCAUCUCGAGGAUGAGGAAGAUGCCAUCAAAGACAUGAUACCAGAUCAACAGUUAGAUUUUAAUCAGCUCUCCAUACGCUAUAAAGGGGUGAGCAGGUCAGUCAUCAAGACAAUGUCUGUCAUGGAUUUUGAAAAGGUUAACCUGGAUUUAAUAGAGGCCUUGCUAGAGUGGAUUGUAAAGGGCGAGCACUCCUACCCUCCAGGUGCUAUCCUUGUGUUUUUACCUGGGCUAGCAGAAAUCAAGAUGCUUUAUGAACAGCUGCAGUCUAACUCUCUGUUCAACAACAGACGAAGUCAUCGAUGUGUUAUUCAUCCACUUCACUCAUCUUUAUCCAGUGAAGAGCAGCAGGCAGUGUUUGUGAAACCUCCAGUAGGUGUAACAAAGAUUAUCAUUUCCACCAACAUUGCUGAGACAUCCAUAACCAUUGAUGAUGUCGUUUAUGUCAUCGAUUCUGGGAAGAUGAAAGAAAAGAGAUACGAUGCCGGCAAAGGGAUGGAAAGUCUAGAAGACACAUUUGUGUCUCAAGCCAAUGCUCUGCAGAGAAAAGGCCGAGCUGGCCGUGUGGCCUCUGGAGUCUGCUUCCAUCUCUUCACAAGUCACCACUACAGCCAUCACCUUUUGAAGCAGCAGAUACCAGAAGUGCAGAGAGUGCCGCUGGAACAGCUGUGCCUAAGAAUUAAAAUUUUAGAAAUGUUUAGCACGCAUAACCUCCAGUCUGUGUUCUCUCGGUUCAUUGAGCCUCCACAUAUCAAUUCUCUCCAUGCCUCAAAAGUCCGCUUGCGAGACUUGGGAGCCUUAACUCUGGAUGAAAAACUGACCCCUCUGGGCUAUCAUUUGGCUUCCCUGCCGGUGGACGUGAGGAUCGGCAAACUGAUGCUGUUUGGCUCCAUCUUCCGCUGUCUGGACCCUGCUCUCACCAUCGCUGCCUGCUUGGCCUUCAAGUCCCCUUUUGUGUCUCCCUGGGAUAAAAAAGAAGAGGCUAAUCAGAAAAAGCUGGAAUUUGCAUUUGCAAACAGUGAUUAUCUGGCCCUUCUGUGUGCAUAUAAGGGUUGGCAGCUGUGUACAAAAGAAAGUGCAAGGGCGGGUUAUAAUUACUGCAGACAGAAUUUCCUGUCCGGGAGAACGCUGCAGGAAAUGGCCAGCCUCAAACGGCAAUUCACUGAACUGUUGUCCGACAUAGGGUUUGUAAAAGAGGGACUCAGAGCAAGGGAAAUUGAAAAAAGAGCCCAAGGAGGAGAUGGUGUCCUGGAGGCCACAGGAGAAGAGGCAAACUCAAAUGCUGAGAACCCCAAGCUGAUAUCAGCAGUGCUGUGCGCCGCUCUGUAUCCAAAUGUAGUGCAGGUCAAGAUCCCAGAAGGGAAGUUCCAGAAGACCAGUUCUGGAGUUGUCAGACUGCAGCCAAAGUCAGCUGAACUGAAGUUCGUUACCAAGAAUGACGGAUAUGUCCACAUUCACCCUUCCUCAGUGAACUAUCAGGUCAGACACUUUGACAGUCCCUACCUGCUGUACCAUGAGAAAAUCAAAACUAGUCGGGUGUUUAUCCGGGACUGCAGCAUGGUGUCUGUGUACCCCCUGGUCCUGUUUGGGGGAGGCCAAGUGAAUGUGCAGCUUCAGAGGGGCGCGUUCGUUGUCUCCUUGGAUGAUGGUUGGAUCCGGUUUGUAGCCGCUUCCCAUCAGGUGGCUGAACUGGUAAAGGAACUCCGCUGUGAGCUUGACCAGCUCCUCCAGGACAAGAUUAAAAACCCGAGCAUGGACCUGUGGACCUGUCCUAGAGGGUCUCGGAUCAUUGGCAUGAUUGUGAAGCUCGUCACCACGCAGUAGAGGCUGGGCCCGGGCUGCCUGCUGGUCCCCUCUCGUCCCCUGCCAGUCCCAGCAGCACUCCUACCUCCUGACUGAAGACCGCCUGGAGGGCCAGGCCGCCGACCCCGAGUGCUGAGCCAGCCGAGGCCCCACCACCCAAGAGACACUCUCCAUGCUUGGCGUUUCUGAAAACACGGGGACACUCCCGGCACAAUUUGGAGUAUCAGUGGUAGGACAGUCUAAAACCCAGUUUGUCUCUUCGUGAUGUACCAAACUGAAUGAAGUUCACCUCAUAACUCAAAAGUGAAUGUUAAUGUGAUUCUGUCUUAAUCUAUGUAUUCUUUUUCUCCUACUUUUUAUUAUGCAUUGUCUAUACAUAAUUGAUAACUCUUUUCUCCUGUUUUUUUUACUGGGCAUGAGGAGAAAUGUUUGAUUUGGUUCUUUUUCCCUCAUAAUAAAGGCUUAACUGAGAAUACUCAAAUGAAAGAAAGAAAGAAAUCAUGUGAGUAAAAAAAAUAAAAUAAAAGUUUCAUUUUAAA